AAAUAAAAUAAAAAAAAUCAAGUUUUGAAACUCCAUUUGCUGGUGUACAAUAAAAUACAAACAAAAUAUAAAACAAGAAAAUUGAAUGGCAACAACAGUGAACUAAAAUUCCAAUCACCGACAAAAAACUACAACAAAUACCAACCGAUACGGGUCCAAUAAAUGCUACAAAGUUAACAUAUUUAUUCACAUUCAGAUCUUGGAGAAAACUAAUCACACAUAUGCAGAUGUAUGCCCCAAAUGUAUGUCUGCAUAAAUGUACAAAUGUAUAAUGUGUGCUAGUCCCGUAAAGAACCGUCUGGAGGAGCCAAAUAUGCAACACCCGCUUAUUUCUGCAUCAAAUAUACACGAGCUGCUCUCUUCACAAAUUGAAAACGGAAACGGAAACGGCGGAACGAGACUUCGCCAGGAAGGUGCACGUGGUCGUCUUAUAAUUCCCAAAAUGUCCGAUCCGACACUUUGUCGGAGCCUGUGCCUAUUGAUGUUAGUCAUCGCUCUGAUGGCAGCGCCUCCCUUGGGAUCUGCGCAAGCACAUGAUGAGCCGUACAUUGUUAAACCAACGCCCAUCUUACGUGCGACAGGUGCAGAUGAUUUAACCACUGUAUUAUUGGUAAAUAACGACGGAGGCGGACGCCUAGGUGACAGUCACGGUCACGGCCGAUUUCUGUCGGUUCGCCCCGAAGUCGGCCUCCUGACCUCAACGGCACGCACCUUUAUCCAAGAGGGCGUGACAACCGAAUAUGCGACACAGGUCGUAGGCACAACCCUCAACAAUGGUCGUCUGUAUGCACAGUACCUGAAGAAGAGCUCGCGGGUGCUCUUCGAAAAUGGUCAGGUGUCGCCGUCUGUCGUCACGAGUUGGGUGGGUGAAGGUGUUCCCCAGACUCGCGCCUACCUGCAAAGCCACAAUGAUCUGCUUGAUGCUGAAUCACCGGAUUGGCAGGAAAUCGAUGAUAGGCUACUAGAUCAUCAGUUUGUUGGCAAUACGGAUUACAUUAAGCUUGGGCACGCCGCCAGUCAAUUGAUGGAAGCGCACGCUGCUCCAUCUUCGUCCGCCUCGACGGAUCCAAAGAAAAUUGUAGAUGUGCAGCUUGUGGCCAACUCCGGACAAAGGGACGACAAUGGCCGCAAAGUGGCUGCGCAUAAAGUCUUGCCAAUUGGCGAUUUGCCAACGUUUACGGUCAAAAAUCAUUUUGAGCCAAGUGGAUAUCAGACAAUCGAAGGUGAAAUAAAAUCACAAUCUGUUGGCGAAUUGUCUGCUCAGACUGAGGAAGAAGAAGGACGCUCCGCAAAGGUUUACUAUCAGGAUCUAAUGCAGGAUAAGAAAAGUGAGAAAAUAUCCAUCCAAAACUCCCAAUCGUACCUCCAAUCGCCAGCUAAUGUGGCAAAGAAGAGUGCUCCGUCAACUGUUACCUACUAUGGUUUUGCUGAAUUCACAACUCUCGUGGGCGAUAGUUUAAUUGUUUUCCUGCCGAGCACUGCCCAGCCCAGCUCCAUCGUGGGCCACGUAACCUCAAUAAAGGGCAUGGCUACACUUAGAACCAGCGAGGUUCAACCACCGCAGGACGCAAGCACAGAAAACCUCCUUGCGUCGAAGACGGUCGACCGUGAAACUUCCUCCAGUACAACUAUAAAUCCGUGGGCUGUUUUUGUGGACGCCACUGAGCCAAUAACAACAACAGAGAGCAGCAGCAGCAUAUCGCCAACGACUUCAGAGCUAAUAAUGUCUGAAAUUGGCUUGGUUUCAACUGCAACACCUUCUCUUGAUCUUACAACAACCGAGAAGAUAAUCGAAUCAAGCGAUGCAAAGCCAAUGUUUUCAUUGCCAACGGACCAAGAAAUUCUGGAAAUCUACGCGUCUCUAGCCAAAGCUCAAGCAGCGGCUUCUCCCUCUCCUUCUUCUUAUCCCACACCAGUAUCCGUAUCUGUCGAGACAAUGCAACAUACCCAACUUCCAACUUCCGUCCAACCGGAUGAGACCCAUUUGCCAAGCGUCCAACCGGAUGUGUCAAAUCUUCAGGUGCACGGAGGAGCAACAACCAUAUUCAUAGACGACGAUCCCUUUGAAAAUUUUGUAGAGCCCACUUCUGUGUUAACGAUUCAGUCCUCGCCAGCGACAGCAGAAAUCAUUGCCAAAACGACGCCCACAACAGAGGAGAAGGAUACGACUUCAUAUACAAAUGCCGAUGAAUCAGAAGGGUCGACAACAACGAGCUCAGAGGCUGAAGAAAACUCAACCACCCUCAAGUCACAGCUGACCGAAGAUACAACAGAUCCUGCAGCAUCUCCAGCGGAGCUAUCGCCGUUGCCGUCGCCGUCGCCUACACCGAUAAUUAGGGAAAUAAGUAGCCCAGAUGAGGUGAAGUGCGCACAGAUCAAGUCACAAGUGUUUUUGAGGCAAGUACCAAAGACUAACACGAUUUCAAGCACGCAAUUAGUACAGGGUCAAGAGGAUCUUCCAUUUGACAUCAAGGAGACAACUAAAUAUUUCUGCAUAGAGACCACACGGGCAAUUGAAUCACCACAACUGGAGAAGCCCACACACACAUCAGUUGUGCAAGACUCGUCGUCUUCUCUGCCUGCAACAACAACUGUGGCAUCAUCAGUCCAAGAAGAUACAACCACAGUGGAUACCCGGCCAGAGACACAGACCGAGGCUAUUGUCACACUAAAGGAAGAAAGCUCAACAGAGGCGGAGAUGGAGCCAGAGACGGAGACAGAGACGGCGGAAGCGGUUAUUGAUGAUGAUUAUGUUACCGAACCUGACACUACUCAUUUAAUUGAUAAUGAUAAUGAUAAUGACGAUUAUGAUAAUGAUAGUGGCUCGGACGAAGUAGAUCUUAUAUACAAAACCCUAUACACAACCUACACGUACCUGACGACCUUCUUCCAAGGCCCGUCCACAACUGUCUCUAGCCAUACGGAAAUCGUUACCAAUGUGGUUACCUCUACACUAGAUCCCGAUAAAGAUCUGAACACGAAAUCAACAGAUAUUUUGGCGCAAGUCGGUGACAAUGAAAUCUCCGCCACUCAAACUCAAAAUGUGCACGCACAGAUGACAGCUACGGCAAAAACGAUACCGAGGAGUUCAUCGAAAUAUAUGAUUCCCGAUGAACUGGAGAGCUUAUUACAUGCAAGUGCCAACGAUGAGCCCAGCAGUUCAAAAGAUGCCAAUCAAAAACAACAAACUAGCUAUAUUGAUGAUACGAAAUAUACAAAAACAUUCUUUACAACUUACACAUAUUACACAACAAUUUUCGCUGAGAGCGAAACGGAGAUAAUGUCACGGACUGAGGUCUUUACAAAUUAUAUUACCGAACUUGGUGGGCCAAAAAAAUCGAGUGGAGCUGCUGAUCAACGAUCAAUCGAUCAAAUACUAGCAUCUACAACGUCGCCAGCCAUAACCGUAUCCGUGUCGGAAAUCCCUCAACUAAAUCUCAAUCAGGCAAAGGAAGACGAAGAGGAUGAUGGAGAAAAGCAUGUGACACUGGUAACUGAUGUCCGAUCGAGUAGUUCCAAUGGCGAACAACAAGUUAUUGGCAAAAUCGGGGCUGACGAUCAAGUUAGUUCGGAGAGCAAUACGGAAGAGAUCCUGCCAUCCGCAACGCUGCUUCUUCAGACCAGUUUUACAACGUUCACCUUCUACACAACGAUGUAUGUGUCGGAUAGCACGAAUGUCGUGAGUCGACUCGAAACUGUUACCAAUAUUGCCACCGAAACGUUGCAGCCAACGAAGGUGUUGAGCCAUGAGGAGGCAACCCUACCGAUCACAUAUUUCACCACAUUCACGUAUUGGACUAAAUUGGCCAAGGACGGAGAAAUCACAACAAUUAGCAGAGAGGAAACCAUAUCGAAUGUGAUUGAGCCGUCUAAUCGUGCCACCGUUGGCUCUGAUUCCAGUUCAAACUCCAUUUCGGACUCGAGUUCGAGUUCAAUGCUGUCGACAAUAUCACAGACAAGUGUUGGCUUAAAUAAUGCGAUAAGCACUAGCAAAAGUGAUGUAUCAGCAGAGCUGACGACCUUCUAUACCACAUAUACGUAUUAUACUACCUCAUAUGAAGCUAAUAAAACUGUGACGGAUUCUCGCUUUGAGACAAUCACGAAUGUGGUAACACCCAAAAGCGAUCCGAUCGCAACUUCUGCGCUGAAUAUAGAACUGACAACACCAAUAUCCAUUUCAGAGAGCGUCUCAGCAGGAAUCACAGAAGCACAGCAGGAUAGCAAAAAUAAAGACUUGAUAUUUUACGAUUAUAAGCAUAUAAUCGAUGCCGAAGGGGUUAGCACCUUGUACUUUACAACUCAGAUUCAAUCUACAGUCGACGGUGAGGGUAAAGCUAUUGAGGCUACCAGCAGCACGUCCAGCUUGCAUAUCGAUGAGGAGAAGAAAAUGAUUUUGGCCACGGCGCUGGCAGCUGAAGGGGGCGGGACGACAGAUCAGAACUCAGUUUCUGCUCGGCAAUAUAAAACCGGAUUGGUUCGACUAAUCGAGGGCACGCGAAUCGGAAAUAGUACGACGACCCUGUAUCAGUCAAAGGUUAUUGGCACUAUUAUAGACAGUCGCUAUGCGCAGAUUAUCGAGAGUACAUCCAGCUUCAUCUUCGAGAAAGCCAUAGCUGCUGCCACCGUAGUACCAAGUGCAACAGUUGAUGACACGAUGAUGAUUAGCAGCAGCACGCAGAGCGUCAGCCUGCAGUCUGUGGCUGCAGUGGAGGGCAGCAUUGCUGGCGAUGAUGCGAUCGAAGGUGUUACCGAGGACUCAAAUCAAGAAGACCAUGAUUCGGAUGAUGCUGACAAUGGUAAUGACAAUGCUCGACAAUCGUUUCAGUCAAAGAAACGCACUUUUGCGCCCGUGAUUAGACCGUUCGCCUCCCGUAAUAGGCCGACAUUUGCGCCAAAGCAUAAAACCCUGAGUCCGAGCAGUGCAACAAUUAUAACGAGAUCCGACAUAACACCGACAAUAACAGCGACUCCGGCUCUCAAAUCCGUCGGCAGGUAUAGUUCAACUCGAAGGGGUGCCAUUUCCAAUGCCCCAAACAAUCCGCUUGACGGUGGUCCGGCAUCGACAUCGUCGUCUAGACGACUAUUCGGACGCCCAAUAAAACCGUCGACCGGUUCCGGUUCCGGAGUUAGCCAGAGCGUGGGAAGCACACAGCAAGCGAGUCCAGGCUUCGCUCCGUCCAGAAACCGUUUUGCGUCCUCAUCACGUUCUGCCCCAAUAUCUAGCUCGAGGCGUCUCAGUAUAAAUGCCUCCUAUCGCCCGUCCAGCAGUCCCGGUUUUCGUGCUUCAGCACUGAAUGCUGCCAACUCGAAGCAACGCAUUAAGCCAACCUCACUUAAUGGCCAAUUAGCCAUUUCCUCAACAUCGACAUUGCCAAAGCCAGACAAUUCGGACGAUGAAGAGGAGAGUUCCACAGAGGAGCAGACACAGGCCAAUGAAGAGGAUGAAAAGGCAACUCAAAAUUCCAGACGUAAUCAGAACCCAUUGCUGCGCUUCCGUCGACCUCUCAAUCGACCCAGCGGCUUCACGCCUGCUGCUGCACGUCCCAAUGCCAGUCCGGCUACCAUUUCGCCCAGAAGGAAUCCGUUAUCGGGGCGAGCCAAGUCAACGACUACCACAACAACGACAACGACAACGGCCAGGCCACGCCCUCGAAGCUUCCAGCGACCUACCAUAUCCAGUCUUCAAGCGCGAGCAAGACCACAAAGCAAUCUCUUUCCGCCACGUGGACUGUUCCAGCAGCAGCAAAAGGAUCCAGUGCCACCGGCGGACAAUAGUGAAACAAAUGAUGCUGAAAACGAAUCCGACUAUGAUGACGAUGAGGACGGCGAGCAGGCCGAUGGAGAUGCUGAUGUGGAGGAGAACGAGGCCAGACGCCGUCGCAGUUCCAAUCGAAAGGUAGCAGAGCCAAGAAAUCUAUCGCGUAAGCGCCGGCAGGCAGAUAGUCUAAACAGAAGUCGAUUUCGAUUUCGCCGCCCGAAGACCGUCACAACAGAGGAGCCGCCGAUCGUCGAAGAAAUCACUGAAACUUCGCCAAGUACGGCACGUGCGAAAACCAAUUCUCGCUUUGGCUCCAGGUACCACCAGGCCAUGCACAAACAGCAAAUGAGCACAAACGCGCCGCCUACAACGAGCCAUCGGUCGAUUCGGCCCACAAGACCAACAUCGCCACGAACACAGUUUACGCUCAGAGAGAAGGAUACCACAAUAAAGAGCAUUACCCGACCGGGUGGAACUACCUCGAACUUUCGACGCCAGCAACAGCCGGCCAUUAGACGCAACCCGACCGUCUCCAGCUCGUCAAAUUCGCGUCGGUUAAAGAGCUACAGCAAUCAUAAUAGCAACAACAACAAUGCGGAAAGCUCCGGUCUGCGUACCUCGAGCAGUCCCCGCUCUCGGAAGGGCAAUGCUAACGGUGCGACCCGGGGUCGAGGCACAAUGCGCGGCAGGAAUCGCAACGAGUACAGCUUGGAGACGCCGCCACCGGAACUGGGAUCGGUGACAAUCACAGUUACGCAUCUGAUACCGGCGGAGGUGACGGUGCCCGUUGUAAACGGUCAGGUGACCGAAUACAAGAACAUUGUUACGGCCAAGACAAGCAUCGAGGUACUGGGACCACAUCAGUACACCCAAAGUCUGGGCAACAAUGGGCAAACGUCGCUGUUCCUCACCCGUGAGGAUUCCAGCGUGAAUGCGGCCGGUGCAACGGAGCUAACACGAUAUCUACUGCAGGACUCCCUGACAUCGACUGUUACAUUUACGCCGACCACAAUUCGGGGCAGGAAGACCUCCUUCUCGCACGUUCUGCCCUCGACCGUGUAUUCGGUGGAAAACGUUGUGUCCACGCUGCAGCCGCAGAUAGCGGCAAAUGCGCCGCUUGCGAAUAUUUUGCUGUCGCAACUGUUGUUGGGCAACAUCAAUUUGCCGAGCAAUCCUCUCCUGGGCGCACUUGGCCAGCCCCAGGCUCUAGGCUUGGGCACGGGUACGGGCUCAGCAGUGGUGGAGCCAUCGUUGCCAGUUACGGAAUAUCGCACCCAUACGUCGACCUAUGUAACCACCAUAUACGACGGCAAGUCCACAAUUGUGCCGAUCACCUUCCAGGGCAAGAAGAUACUGACAACUGUCUUCGAUACGACGGCACAGACAAUAACAGCCACCGAAUAUAGCGUAGACACAAUAAUAAAUACACCCAGCCCGCAACAGCAACUGCAGCCAUCCGGACAGGUGGCUCAGGUGAACAGCCUCCUGUUGCAGCAAUUGCUACUCCAACAACAACAACAACAACAACAGCAGCAGCAACAACAACAGCAGCUACAGCUGCCGGCUCAGAUAAUGCAGACGACGUCGCCGCAAAUAAUUUUGAGUGAAAACCUGCAGGAUUUGGAGGAGGGGACACAAUUCGAUGCGGAUGAUAAUAUCGAUGAUAUUAUAGUGCCAGCGAUUGGCCAUAAAGAGCAUCACGUGCAGCAUUCCGGCAAGAGUCGCAAAAAGCCAAGGAAACCAAACGGAGGCCAGAACAAGCGCAACAAGCAACAGUUGCCCAGAGGAGGAUCGCAGGAGGAGGAGGAGGAGAGCAGCGUGGUUACGCUCUAUGUCUCUGGCCGCAGGCCAGGUGAGUUCAGCACAAUUCUGUCGACGGUGCACAAUAGCCGUGAUCACGAUCACCUGGCCCCAUCCAGCUUGCACAAGCGACAUGCCCAGACGGCUGCACUACAUAUUCCGGAUGAUGAGUAUGAGUUUGGGGAGAGCGAACGGGUGCUAUCAUAUUUACGACCUCUGGAGCAGCAACCAAAUGAGUUGAAUUUGAUUAGCCCCGAUUUGGAUGAGGAGGAGUGCGAGGAUUGUGCAUGGAAAGAUCAUACAGCUUCCCUGGAGAGCAUCAUUGGCGAUGUCGAUCUGUGGUAUGCCAAGGCAACGAAGCAGGCGAAAGAAUCCUCAUCGAAUACGCAGGAAGUCUCCUUGUCGAGCAGCAAGGCGAAUCUCAAUCAAUCGAAUGCAAUAUAUUUUUUAGCAUAAAUGACCUCGCUGAGUUGUUCCCACUUCAGUUGCAGGUCACAAAUACUACACAAUAUCCUCAAGGAAUUACAAGUCGGAUUUCCAAGCGAGAAGUCUCUCUCUCUCACAAGCCCCGACUGCGUAAGGUCCUUGUGCGACGCAAGCCCCACAAAUCUGUACUCCCAACACUAGUCAAUAACAACAACAACAACAACAAUAACAAUCGAAGCGAAAUCGAUUCGAAAGGCAGAUCUGAGCCAAAGAAACUUCGUGUUGUAGUUUUCCAGCAUAGACCUACAAAGAGUAGAAACCAUACAGAAAAUACAUUUUCCCCAACACUAUCCGCCGUGACAAAGUUAACGGCAAAUCCAGCAGCCACAUUGCAAACGGAACGUUUGCCAACACUGUCCAUGUCAAAGUUAACGUCAAAGUUAACGUCAAUGAAGAACGCUACAACCAAGCGACGACCUAGAAAACGUAAGCAAAAGCAACUUAGCAAUAAAAGCCAUCAAUUAUCGAUUUCCGAGCGGGUUACCCAACAAACUGCACUGCAACUGAUUACCACAACAAGUACUGAACUAUUUACUCGAACCUACACCUAUGUCGUGGAGCGGGUGCACAAUGAUCAAACCGAGCUUCUCGAAUCCAUCUCAACGUUUACGCGAGUGAAUACCCGAACUCUGCCUGCGACACUGACUAUUACGCGUACUCAACUAAAUAAUAUUUCGGUGAUUUCCACACAACAACCUUGAAAUCUUUCCGAAAUUAUUUUCAGUAGGGACCGAAGUUAUAUGGCAUAAAACUUCAAACUGAAUAAUUCAAUAUCCAAGGAAUAUUUCUAUUUUUUGGUCGAAUCCUUUUAAAAACUUAAUAAUCUUGUUUUAAUGAAAGCAGAGCUCAACUCUUGCUUUUCAUCUUUUAUUAGAAAACUUAUUAAAUUGUAAAAUAACAAAUUAAUGUUCAAAAUUGAAUGCAACUAAAUUAUUUAACUAAUUAUUCGAUAAACAAUAAAAAAAAGGAAUUCAUAGAGGUCAAACUUUGACGGUCCCUGGCUAAAAGAAAGUAUGGUACAACAUUUACAUCAUACAUAUGUAUUUUGAUGUAUCUUGAUGUAUUUCACACACACCCACACACACACACACAUACACAUCAUAUACGCAUGUAUAUACAUAUAUAUACUCUUUUUUGUUAACUUCAGAUCUUAAGUUUAUUUAUCCUCCACGCCCGAUUAUAAUAUAUGUGUAUAUGUAUAUUGCUCCUUGAAAAAUAUAUGUCAAUAAAAUGUACAUAAUUAUAAUAGCUAUGCAUAUAAGGACAUGUUAACUGAAGUCUAAAUUGUACAUUUUAAGUUAACUUUCAGUCUAUAUCUACAUAUAUAUCGUUUAUAACAACGGGCAAUUAAUACAAAAUA